UUAGACUGAUUUCUGUCGUCACCGUUAGUUUCCGCCAAACACCAGCAAAACAAAUUUAUUUCAAAAAUCAGGUCAUGAUCUGACACCCACCCACACACACUGACUUUAUGUUAGUCAUUAUUAAUUACCGAUUCAUCCACGUCAUCAUAUAGUUUUACUAAAAUAAAUUACAAACUGGGUGGUGUUUGAAUUGAAGUAAGAAAUAUUUUAUUUUUAUUAUUAUUAUCAUGUCGCAAAAGAAGAAAGAAUCGCCACCGCCGGAACAGCCUUCCUGCUCGUCUCCUGGCCGUCGUAAACUUCCUACUUUUAGAAGUGUGGUGCUUGAGGUUAUGAAUUUCAGAAAGUUUAACAAGUACGUGGAGCCGAUUCUGGAGCCCUUAGUUCGUAAAGUUGUGAAAGAGGAAGUUCAAUCAGCUAUGGAAAGACAUAUAGCUGCCAUGAACUGGGAUUAUAGAAACGAGAAGGACUCUUUGAUUCCAAGAAGGCUGCAGUUACAGUUCUUAAGUAGUCUGGCUCUCCCAGUUUUUACCGGAACCAGAAUUGAAGGAGGGGACUGUAAUACAUUAAAAGUAGCUUUGAUUGAUGCUUAUACUGGAAAAACAGUUUCAUCCGGACCUGAAUCAUCAGCAACAGUUGAAAUAGUGGUUCUUGAGGGAGAUUUUGAUAGCAAUGAGGGAGACAGUUGGACACUUGAAGAUUUUAACUAUAAUGUUGUCAGAGAGAGACAAGGGAAGAAGCCUCUUCUUACUGGGAAUGCACAAUUGAAUCUCAGUGAUGGUAUUGGUCUUGUGGGGGAUCUUUCCUUUACAGAUAAUUCCAGUUGGACAAGGAGCCGCAAGUUCAGGUUGGGAGCACGAGUAUUAGAUAUAGGUGAUGGAGAUAGAGUGAGAGAAGCAAAGUCAGAAUCAUUCGUUGUCAGGGAUCAUCGUGGCGAAUUGUACAAGAAGCACCACCCACCAUAUCUGUCUGAUGAGGUAUGGCGACUGGAAAAAAUUGGGAAAGAGGGAGCUUUCCAUAAGCGGUUGAAUAAGGAAAAGAUAAAAACGGUGAAAGAUUUCUUGGCUCUUUCCUACUUGGACCCGCCGAAGCUUCGAACUAUCCUUGGCUCUGGCAUGUCUACUAAAAUGUGGGAUGUCACAGUGGAUCAUGCUAGGAGAUGUGUGAUUGAUGAUAAGAAGUUGUAUUUGUACUGUCCUUCAUCUCUCAACGGAGAUGGCGUUGUAUUUAAUGUUGUGGGCCAAGUUCUUGGACUUCUUUCUAACCGCAAGUACGUUGUUGCUGAUAAGCUUUCAGAAGUUCAAAGGGCUGAAGCACAUAAAUUUGUGAUAUCUGCCUUUCAACAUUCAGAGAAAAUUGUUUCCUAUGAUGAUGAAGCGUCUCUUAGAACGGGUACCUGCUCUAUCUCUGAAGAUAUAUACCCUUUAAACUCUCAAAUGGUUACCAGAGAUCCAGAUGACAGAAAAAGAAAAACUUCCCAUAAGAAAGGCCGAUUUGAUUACCCACAGAUGAGUGCAUUGUCUCCAGAUGUUAAUGUAAUGCCAACCAUCUAUCCGAUGGGAGAUGUCGAUAGCUUAGAUGAAUAUGGGUUAAAUAGCAUGGUAUCUGAUGAUCUCAGAUUUGAUCAUAAUCAAUCAUUGGACUUGCAUUGCCAAGUGCCCGACACCUUGAUCUGUGACUCAGAAGUUUUACAGAGUCAUGACCAGGAUAUGCAGUAUUUUGGUACAUCUUCACAGGUGGACAUGCAGUGUGCAGUUGAUGGGUUUUUCUUUCCCCAUUCUGCCAUUGGUAAAGCUCAGAGGAGAUGGAAGAUUGUGUUUAGUGUCUUAAAAUGGCUCUCUCUGAUGUUAGAGAUACGUGAGAGAGAUAUCAUCAAGUUCACAAAGCCAGGAUGAAAUCAAAGGUUCUUGCGCAAUUGCUGCCCGAUUUAAACAUUGUGUGCAGUUUUAGAUUGUAAAAUUGUUGAAAUAAUUUGGUUAAGGUGUGCAUAAAAACAGGUAGUUUGUAAGAUGAGUUGCUAGGGGCUUGGCGACUGAAAAUAAAUAAAGUUUGUAUCGCAUGGUUCAUUAUUAGUAAAACCCGAGCCAGACUGAUAUGCAUGGAUCAUGGCUAAUCUCGACCCCA